GGAACUAGCUCUGUAGGACAGGCUGGCCUCAAACUCACUGAGAUCCACCUGUCUCUGCCUCUCAAGUGCUGGGAUUAAAGGUGUGCACCACCACCACCUAGUUUGUCACUUCUUUUUGAGGACUGAGGCCAAAUUCGUGUUUUACACUUCCUAAGUUCCUAAUAUUGAAUACAGGAGUUUAAUAGUUAUUCAUCAAAUAAGGAAAAGAAAUUAAAGACAGGGUCUCAGUGUAAUCCUGGAAGCCUGGAGCUCCCAUGCAAAUGGAUGGUGUUAUAUACCCAAGAGAUAGGCAUCUUGAUAUUGAGCUGCCUUGUAGGUGUUGUGAAUUAAACCCGAGUCUUCUCUGAAAGAGCAACAAGUCCUUUUAAUAGCUGAGCCAUCUCUCCAGUCCUUAUCUUGAUGAUUUCUCUAGACUCAACAUGUACCAACUUUUUGUUUGUUUGUUUGUUUGUUUCUUUUCCGAGGCAGGAUUUCUCUGUGUAGCUUUGGAGCCUAUUCUGGCACUCUCUCUGGAGACCAGGCUGGCCUCGAACUCACAGAGAUCCUCCUGCCUCUGCCUCCGGAGUGCUGGGAUUAAAGGCAUGCACCACUAACGCCCGGCUAUUCUUAACCGUCUUAACUGCAAACAGAACCCUUCUUCUUGUUCUUUUUUAAAGACUGGGUCUCAUCAGGCAUGGUGGCACAUGCCUGUAAUCUCAGCACUUGGGAGGCAGAGGAGGGCGGAUUGAGAGCAGCCUCGUUUACAUACUAAGUUCCAGGACAUCCAGGACUUACACAGAAACCCUGUCUCAAAAAAACAAAAACAAACAAAAAGAGUGGGUCUCAUGUAGCCCAGGCUGGCCUCCAGAUUGCUGUGUAGAGGAUGAACCUAAACUUCUGAUCGUCCUGCUUCCAGCUCUUGAUGCUGAGAUUACAGGGAGGUGCCACUACAAGUUAUGUGGUCUUGGGGGUAGAAUGUAGGAGUUAAAGCAUACUAGAACACCCUACUGAGCUACAUUCCCAGGCGCAGACUCCUGUUCACUGAAGAGGAAAUGAAGUAAAGCAACACAUUUGGCUCAUUGUAAGCAUUCAGUAAGCAGCAAGUCCUGUUUUUAUUUUACACCCUAGUGAUCUUAUCCUGCUUAUGGGUUGAUUAGGGACUCUGAACGCUAACUACCAAGAAUCGAGCCAGGUCCCUUCCGCACAGUGGUAGAAGGGAGAAUGGGGGAAAGAACGUUUAUUAGUUCGAAACUUGAAAACCAUUCAGAAAACCGCACAGACGACAGACGAGACAAGGGCAAGCUGUCGGCACAGCCCUAGAGCUUGGGACGGUGACGGCGACGAAGCCACGGUUUUGCUGGUGAACAGACCCGGGACAGCUUGUGCUCAGGUGUGAAGCCUCCGCAGUGCUCACCAUCUAGCCAGAGUCUGAAGCAAAAACCAAGCCAAAUGUGGAAGUCCUCCCUGGCCGAUGAAACCAGCCCCGCCACUCAGGCCAGAAGUACUAUCCGGCCGCGACUCCCGCGAUGCAACACGGUAGGCGGAACCGGAAGAUUCGUAUGGCAAUCGUAGGGGGCCGGCCGAGCUCCGUUAGAGCAGCUAAUUGGUCAGUCCGUGGAGGCGGCGGCGGCGGCGGCGACGGCGACGGUGUGCGCGACUGGCACCUUGGUGCGGGAAGAUGGAAGAAUUGAGUCAAGCCCUAGCUGGUAGCUUUUCUGUGUCUCAAGAACUGAACAGCACAGCUGCCCCACACCCUCGCCUAUCCCAAUACAAGUCCAAGUACUGUUCCUUGGAGCAGAGUGAGCGGCGCCGACAGUUGCUGGAACUACAGAAAUCAAAGCGAUUGGAUUAUGUGAACCAUGCCAGAAGACUAGCUGAAGAUGACUGGACAGGGAUGGAGAGUGGGGAGGAAGAUAAGAAAGAAGAGGAGGAAAUGGACAUUGACCCUGGCAAGAAGCUACCAAAACGCUAUGCUAAUCAAUUGAUGCUUUCUGAGUGGUUAAUUGACGUCCCUUCAGAUUUGGGGCAAGAAUGGAUUGUGGUUGUGUGUCCUGUUGGGAAACGAGCCCUUAUCGUAGCCUCCAGGGGUUCAACCAGUGCCUACACCAAGAGUGGCUACUGUGUCAAUAGGUUUUCAUCCCUUCUGCCAGGAGGCAACAGGAGAAACUCAACAACAGCCAAAGACUACACCAUUCUGGACUGCAUUUACAGUGAGGUAAACCAGACCUACUAUGUUUUGGAUGUGAUGUGCUGGCGGGGACACCCUUUUUAUGACUGUCAGACCGAUUUCCGAUUCUACUGGAUGCACUCAAAGUUACCAGAAGAAGAAGGACUCGGAGAGAAAACCAAGAUUAAUCCUUUUAAAUUUGUGGGACUAAAGAAUUACCCGUGUACUCCUGAGAGCCUGUGUAAGGUGCUGUCUAUGGAUUUUCCUUUUGAGGUAGAUGGACUUCUUUUCUACCAUAAACAGACACACUAUAGUCCUGGAAGUACUCCUUUGGUGGGCUGGCUGCGCCCCUACAUGGUGUCAGAUAUUCUAGGUGUAGCCGUGCCAGCUGGUCCACUGACUACCAAGCCAGAAUAUGCUGGUCACCAGCUCCAACAGAUUAUUGAGCACAAGAGGAGCCAGGAGGACAUGAAGGAUAAAUUCUCACACAAGGCUUCUGAGAAUGGGCACUAUGAGCUGGAGCACCUGUCUACCCCCAAGCUGAAGAGUCCUCCCCACAGCCCUGGGAACCUCAUGGACAACUAGAGGACAGCCCACAAAAGCCUGAGGAAGAGGACAGUGGUGAUAUUUUGGAGUGCACUUUCCAAACCCACCCCACUGGAAACAGCUUACCACCCCCCAUGGGAUGUUGGAUCAGACUUGGGGUGUGGGCCCCUACUGGAGGUAGAAUCCAGAUAGAUUUGAUUAUCUCUUUACUGUGGUAUGUAUAUCCCAGGUCUACAAUGUAAAUAUAUGCGAUUCUUAAGAAAAAG